CGCGCUCCGGGCUCCGGGCGCGCUGGUCCGCUCCACUCCGCAGCCCCGACCGCCCUGCGUCCCUGUCGUCCCGCGUCUCCGCCAGGGGCCAUGGGCCUGCGCCGCGAGCGCCAUCGCCGACCGCAGGCACCCGAACCCCGGGGCGGGCGCUGACGCGGGCGCCGCUGCCAACUUCGCACGGAGCUGCGGGCGGCGCGGGAGGCAUGAAGACCAGCCGCCGCGGCCGAGCGCUUCUGGCCGUGGCCUUGAACCUGCUGGCGCUACUCUUCGCCACUACCGCCUUCCUUACCACGUACUGGUGCCAGGGCACGCAGCGGGUGCCCAAGCCGGGCUGCGGCCAGGGCGGCGGCGCCAACUGCCCCAACUCGGGCGCCAACGCCACCGCCAACAGCACAGCCGCCCCCGCCGCCGCCGCCGCCAGCCCGGCCGGUUCGCCCUACAGCUGGGAGGCGGGCGACGAGCGCUUCCAGCUGCGCCACUUCCACACCGGCAUCUGGUACUCGUGUGAGGAGGAGCUCGGUGGCCCGGGUGAGACAUGCCGCAGCUUCAUUGACCUGGCUCCGGCUUCAGAGAAAGGGGUGCUGUGGCUAUCAGUGGUCUCCGAGGUGCUCUACAUCCUUCUGCUGGUGGUCGGCUUCAGCCUCAUGUGUCUUGAGCUCGUCCACUCCAGCAGCGUCAUAGACGGGCUCAAGCUCAACGCCUUUGCUGCCGUCUUCACGGUGCUCUCAGGCCUCCUGGGGAUGGUCGCUCACAUGAUGUACACACAGGUGUUCCAGGUCACCGUGAGCCUUGGCCCUGAAGACUGGAGACCUCAUUCUUGGGAUUAUGGGUGGUCCUUCUGCUUGGCCUGGGGUUCAUUUACCUGCUGCAUGGCGGCGUCUGUCACUACGCUCAACUCCUACACCAAGACAGUCAUUGAGUUCCGGCACAAGCGCAAGGUUUUUGAGCAGGGCUACCGGGAGGAGCCGACCUUCAUAGAUCCUGAGGCUAUCAAGUACUUCCGGGAGAGGAUUGAGAAGGGGGAUGUGAGUGAAGACGAAGACUUCCGCCUCGCCUGCCGCCACGAGAGAUACCCCACCCGGCACCAGCCACACAUGGGGGACUCCUGGCCACGGAGCUCAGCUCAUGAGGCAGCAGAGCUAAACCGUCAGUGCUGGGUCCUGGGGCACUGGGUGUGAUGUGACCCAAGCCAGCCCCUGCCUUUCUGCCAUCGCUGGCACUACCCCUCCCACAGGACAUGGAAGCCUGGUGUGUGUGCUGUGGACUCAGCUCUCCAGUCAUGGAGACACCAGGCCUAUACUGCCACCGCUGCCUGGGUCUUGGGGCCCCACAGACGGCUCAGGCAGGCCAGAGGGACUGUACGGGCUGCACAGAGACUUGGAGGCAGCAGCCACCUCCACACUUAGAGUCCCACCCAGCUGGGAAGCCAGGAAGGACAUGGGCAUUGACCAUUGAACGCCGGACACCCAUGAUCAGACACAAAGCCAAGCAGAUGCCCAGAGAGGCAGGGCCCUGUGGGGACAGCGAGCAGGCCUUAUUAAUGGAGAGGCAGCGACAGCCUCUGCAGGGGUCACAGCAGGCACACAGCAGGGGCUCAAUAAAUACUUGUUGAACCUGUCUCUUGCUGUGUGUGGGCUGGCUCCCUCAUCAUCACCCUGCCCUGGAGGUGUGAGCCCUGGGCCCUGAAGUCAGGGCCAAACAUCCAUCGAUGGCCUGCAGAGGUCAGGCUAGAGACAGGUGGGCAGAGCACCAGAGUCCUGAGCAUGGCAGGAGGAGCAGGCCAGGAGCUGGAGAGAGCACAUGUGUUCGGGAACCUCAGCAAUGUGACACCACCCUGACUCUGGGGAUCUUUUACCCUGUGUCUAUGGCCACUUUACAUAAAAGUUCUGGCUCAUCUUCCUGGUGAAAAACAAUUCCUGUCUUGACCGUGAGAGUUUGGGGUCCAGAGAGCGAAGUUUCUUGCUUGAGAUUAGAGCUGACAUGUGGGAGAGUGAAUUUAAAUCAGACUCACUCCCAGCUAAGUCUCCCAAGAGGACCCAUCCUGCCCUGAAGGAUUUCUAGAGAUUGGCGGAGCGAGGCAGAAUGUGGUCUUCUCCAGCCAUUACCCACCCAGCCACCACCCAUCCAUUUAGCCAACAUUCACCCACCGUCAUCUUUGCACCCACUCAUCCAUACAUGAGCCAUCAUUUGCCCAGCACCCGUCCCUGUACCACAACCCAUUUAGCCAACAUCCAUCCAUACAUUUAUGAUCCAUCCAUCUAUUCAUUCAUCCAUUUAGCAGCAUGCAUCCAUCAUCACCUAUCCAACCAUCCAUCCUAUCCACCCAUCCAGCAUCCAUCUACCUGUCCAUCCAUCCAUUAACCAUGAAUAAGAUCAUCCAUCUCUCUGUCCUCAAUUAUCCAUUCACCCAUGAUCCACCUAUCCAUUAUCCUUCAUCGCCAUUCCUCUUGUCAGUUAUCCGCCCAUGUACCAGCCGUCUUCAUCACCCCGCUACCCAUCCGUGCAACUGUCUGCAUACAGGUGUCUUCUACGUGCCCCCUACUGUGUGCCACUGAAAUGUCCGGAGAAGCAGACAAGUGAUGAAAUGGGAGAUGACAGCUGUGCGUGUGUGUGUGUGCGUGUGUGUGUGUGCUGGGUGUGGUACCCGCCCUGGGGUCAGGCUGCCUAGCAUCAGGUCCUGUCUCCUCAGCCCCAGGGGCCUUUCCCUACAGAUGGGAGUCUUCACUCUAUCUACCUCUUACAGCUGCUGGAGGGUGACACAGAGUCUGGAUCAUGGAGAGCACACUGCCAUCAUGUCAGUGAGGGGAAAUGGGGCCAUAGGGCUGAGGCGGGGCCUGUUGGAGACCACCUGAGUGAUUGAUAGGUGAUGAAGGGAAUGACACCCAAGCCAUCUUGCUGGUGUCAGGUUGUGGAGGGCAGAGCAGGACAGGAGAGGCCUUUCAAAUGGUCCAAAUGACAAGCGUGGAGGAAGAUGGGGCUGUGAGGGUGGCAGGAGGCUGGAGAGAGGACUAAGAGCUUCAGGAGGGAGGGGCCCAUAGUUCAUCCUGAGGACAGCUGGGGGCUCUGAGCAGAGUGGGGCUGGCCAAGGUGUGUAGUCUCGAAAGUCACCCCAGCUCUGGGCUAGAGCAGAUGCCCAAGGCGGGACUCCCAGGUCCUUGCAGGGCACUGAGUGAGAGAAGGUGCUGUGGCUGAGCAGAGAGGUUGUGGAGGAGAGUCAGGUGUGGGAGGAGGGUCAGGGGCCAAGAGGAGGGACUGGUGUAGGAGGAGGACAUGGGAAUGCAGAGAUGAGCGUCUGGGGGUAAAGGGGGGACCCCACACUUCUGUGUUCAUGCGUGCUGUGCUCAGCCACUCUGAGGGCGCCUCUCUCCCACUCCGCACUCACAUGGUUGGUGUGGGCAGCUGUGGGGGAGACGAAGUUGGCCUGGGCAGAGCCCUGCACAGCUAUGAAGGCACCAGAGGGCCAGCAUGGGGAGCUGCAACACUGGCCUUGUGCAAGUGCAAGCCACUCUGAGGGAUCCUGAGCGAGGUCACUGGUCGAGAAUCUGGCCUACCACCAGGAACCUUGUAGGUCUUGAUGGUGUCAUCCAGGGACCCUGUGAUUCACUCAUGGGCCCCAGGAGGCCCAGGAGAUGAUUUUAGUUGCAAAUCUGUCAUCUGUUUUAAUAGCUGUGUCUAUGUAAAUGUGUAUUAGAAAACUGUGUGGGCGUGUCCACACUCCAGAGUCAAGCGUUGCGACUUAGAAUGAACCAUAAUAGGCAUUUCAGUAACAAGAGCUGGCUUAAAGAAAAAUGCUAAAUAAAUAAUCAUGC